AUGAGCCCCGCCUCCUCUUACGAGUUCCAGCUCAAUCCGAGCGAAUCGACGACCAGCCGCAUCCCGAAGUUAAUCGAGGAUGGAUCGAACUGGAUCCUUUACAAGGAGCAGUUCCGUGUGGCCGUCUACGCCAAAGGAUUGGUGCGGUUCCUCGAAGGCCGUGACAAGGCUCCGAUCCCAACUACAGCCCCAGGCGUAGAUCCGGAUGCCGAUGAACGCUACGAGAGCGCGAACGACGUAUGGGUCGCGAAGCAUCAGUCCAUACGGACGAUGCUGUUCCAGACCUUACCCGAAUCACUCAAGCUUCGGAUUGCUCCCUUGCAGAAAGCCUCCGAAGCAUGGCAGGUUGUCGUGGAUGAAUAUGACAACCAAGGGGAGUUCGUACAGGUCGAGUUGCUUCGACAGAUGCAUGCGCUCCGGUGUGCGGAAGACAGCGACCCUCGUCAGACUCUGAACCAGCUGGAGAAGCUCAGGUCAGAGUAUGCGACAGCUGGGGGUCAGCUCAGCGACACCGAGUACAAGGCAAUCAUAUUGUCUUGCCUUCCUAUGUCAUACCGGGGUGUUAGUGCUCUCUCUGCCACCACCUCGCUCACCCUUGGCGAACUGCACCGUCGUAUGGGACAUGCUUACGCCCCUGCCCUUCAAACCAUGGUGACGAACAAUGUCGUGACUGGCCUCCACCUCGAGGAUACCACUGCACCC